GGGCUAGGAGGAGCUGGAAGGUAAUAGAAAAUGCAGGAAACACUGGGCUCCUGUCCUGCCUGUCCAACUCUGGUUCUCUGACUCCUAAUCCUCCCUUCCCCAAACUUUCCUCCCAUCUUCUCACAGACAUGGCAGCAACCCACGGGGGGGCGGGGGGGAAUAGAAAAGAAUUAUUCAUUGGUCGUGCUGGAGGGAAGCAGUGUAGGACUAGAGGGAAGGCUGGAGUAAUGGAGGGGCCAGGCUGUGAAGUCCGAGUCACAAAAAGACUGAUCCCUAACGAACAACCGUUUCAUUUAUCUGGGGGAGCCUCCUCAACAGAGUCCCUCGGCGAGAUCUAAGUGUCGGGUUCCCUCUGUGGACUUUCGCUAGCCAGGAGCUCCCGCAUCUGAGAUGAGGUCGGACAUAACCGACCCCUGGUUGACUUUGCAACCCCAUCUCCCUUCGCGCCGCGCGGGGCUUCCCAAGCCUGGGUACUGGCUGACUCUCCUCCUCCCUACUUCUCCGUGGCUUCAAGUGGGCGGAUCUCCCUGGUCGUCUUCUCCUAGAUUGGCCGGGAGAACUCACCAAUGGGGAGCUCUGGGAGGCGGACCUACAGCGCCACCAGCUAGAGGAAGACCAGCAAAUUUCAAGUUGGCUGCGCCGUGGGCUCCGCGUGGGGGAGGGGCAGCAGGUUUUUCUCACUGGAUCACUGUAUACCCAGGCCCCCUCCACCAUGGCCAGUCGGGGUGGGGGCCGGGGUCGUGGCCGGGGCCAGCUGACCUUCAACAUGGAGGCUGUGGGCAUUGGGAAGGGAGAUGCUCUACCCCCACCCACCCUGCAGCCUUCUCCACUCUUCCCUCCCUUGGAGUUCCGUCCAGUGCCUCUGCCCUCAGGAGAAGAAGGGGAGUAUGUCCUGGCACUGAAGCAGGAGCUACGAGGGGCCAUGAGGCAGCUCCCCUACUUCAUCCGGCCAGCUGUCCCCAAGAGAGAUGUGGAGCGUUACUCAGACAAAUAUCAGAUGUCAGGGCCGAUUGACAAUGCCAUCGAUUGGAACCCUGAUUGGCGACGUUUACCCCGGGAGCUAAAGAUCCGAGUGCGGAAGCUACAAAAGGAACGGACCACCAUCCUAAUUCCCAAGAGGCCCCCUAAGAACACAGAAGAUAAGGAAGAAACAAUACAGAAACUAGAGACCCUGGAGAAGAAGGAGGAAGAAGUGACUUCAGAGGAAGAUGAGGAGAAAGAAGAAGAAGAAGAGAAGGAAGAGGAAGAAGAGGAGGAGUAUGAUGAAGAACAUGAAGAGGAAACUGAUUACAUCAUGUCAUAUUUUGACAAUGGAGAGGACUUUGGGGGUGACAGUGAUGACAAUAUGGAUGAGGCUAUAUACUGAAGAAGGACCCUGAACAACAACACCUUGGACCUUCGGGUCUUUUUUGAUUUAAGAUACAAAUAGUAACGGUCCCUAUUACUUGGUUUUGUGGACUGGCAAAUCAUUUGCUUAGAGUCCAGAUACACUGUUUGGCCCUGGAGAUAGGAAUGGACAAUGAUGACAGAUAGCUCUCUUUUCUACCCUUCCCCUCCCUCUACCCUUGUAUCACCUCUGAUAGCUUGGGAAAAGGGCAAAGGACCAAUGUCUUAAUUGUAUGAAGGAAAGAAAGAAGGGUCAAAGAAACACUGGAGUUGUUAGAGCUGAGACAGCUGUAUAUACGCCCCCACCCACUUUUUUAUAGUGAAAGAUAAUUGGGGGUGUGUGCAGUUAGGAGGAGUAAGACCAGCUUUAUGUUUUUAAAUAAAAUGUUUUUAUCUGUC